AUGGACAUCUUCAAUCGUCCGCACUCUAUCGCUGAGGAUACAUUGCAUUUUUCUAUCUACCCUCCUUCUAAUCUAUCCGAUAAAACUUCGGCUUCCAGCUUUGCGGCAUGCAUUAUUGACUAUGUUCAGUCAUUGCUUCCUGGUUUUAUCUGGCAUCGCGAUAAAUUCGAAGUAAAGGUUGCACCAAACUCAGAUGGAAAUGGUUGGAUUUUGGAGAGCAAAAUGCGUGUCGGUGACUGCGUGGACGAUGAAUGGCUUACGGUAUGGUUAUUGAAACAGAUUAGUUCUAAAUGGGACGUAGUAAUCAGUGUCUACGACUCCGAUGGGGAGUUUCUUUUGAUUGAAGCUGCUGAUACUUUACCUUCGUGGGUAAAACCAACAAACUCUGAGAACAGGGUCUGGAUCUACAACUCCCGUUUGCAUCUCAUACCUCUCUCACACAUAUCUCCGCCCUCUAGAAAAAGGCAUCGUCGCAAAUUGCCCGGCUCAGCGGAUAGUGAUAACGAAGAUGUGGAAAAGGAUGACGACGAGUAUCUCGCUACUGAAGAUGCUAUCAAACUUGUCCGAGACGCGUCUAUCGAAACUCUUGCCCCCCCUGCAGUAGAGAAAACUGUUUGGGAAAGAAUAUCGGGUUAUCCAGAUGCGGCAAAGGCACAUCUCCACGUCGCGAAGGCCUACCUUCCGGUAGACAUUGCGAAGUGUUUGAUCGUCAAUCCAUCACUUAUUCAACGAGCAGUGGAAACUUUCUAUACGCGAGACUCGAUACAAUUACGUGCAGCUCAUCGGAUGUCUCGUUUCCCGCCCAAUCCGUCCGUUCUUACUUCUGUUAAAAUGACUCGGACUGCUUAUGCCCAACUCGUGGGACAAAAAUUUUUUCCGCCAAAGAUCUUUGGACAUUUAAAGGAACAAGAUGGUACCGACGAAUGGCGAUGGCGUGAAGUGGGAAUGAAAAUUGCUGUCGGCUUUGAAAUGCUUUAUCAAGAAAGUAAGGGACGCACGGCAAGCCGUAUAUCUUCGGAAUCUGCCAGUUCUGCUGUAGAAGCUACCAAGGAAGCUUUGAGGCGCAACCCGGAGUACCAGAAAUAUAUUGAAAAUCUGAAGUCUGCAAAUUACUUCAAAGGGGAAAUACAAGGAUCACAAUUAUGGAACUCAUUGGAAAAUAAAGCUGCAGCUACGUAUGUUGAGGUUCGACGUGUUGACGACGCUACUCGCCAAUCGUUUGCAUCUCAGGUAGACGAGGCGCUCCAGCAUAAGAAUCUGCCGGAUAGGUCAAACCAAAACGAAGAUUCGGAUGAAUGGCUCAACGUGGAUGCCCAGCAAUUUGAGGAGAUGCUGGAGGAGGCGCAUAACAAAACAAAAGUAAAAGUACCAAGCGACUCGAGCGCUAUGGAAGUGGACGGGGAAGAAUCAGCCGAGGACCGUCUAGCUUCACAACAAGCAAAACAGCUGAAGGAUUUGGCAUCCAAAGUUGAAGACUUUAUUGAAGGUGAAGGAGACGUCGAAGGAGCCUUAUUCAAUGACGAGGACCUUUCAGACGAUCUCCUCAGUGACGAUCCGGACACUUCUGAAUCUGAAUCCGAAUUGGACUUAGACUCGAAGUUCAGAUCCGCAGAAACAAGGUCAGCUGAGAGGCAAGCUGCUAUGGACAAACUUGUACCCGGCUUGGAUGCAUCUGAUUAUGGAAGAAUGCCCGCCAGCUAUCACAGCAAUUCGCAGCGCGUAUUACCUGAUAACAAACCUUCCGAAGAACCCGUUUCUGAAGCCAAAUCGGAAGAUCUACCCAAGCCCAAGACCGUUAGACCUCCAAUCAUACCAAGAGACAAAUACGAUGGUGUUGAUUCAGAUGACGAGACGGAUCAGGAGGCAAAUGACGAGGAUGACGAAUCCGAAGAGGACCGCCCACAAGUUGUCGGGGAAAUCGAGAUAGAUAUGGAGCAAGAAGAAGAAGAAUUUCUUGAAUUUUCGCGGCAGGCUCUCGGGAUUACUGAAGAGCAAUGGUCAGAAAUAGUCCAGGAUCGCAAAAAUAGGGGUGUAUUCCUUCCUUCCAGCGCUAUGAAAACUCCAGCUCCCACAAGGAAGCCACCAAUGACCAGUGAAGCUUCUGAGAAAAAGCAUACACCUCGUGUGCCAGAAUCAGGCCCAAGACCCAACGUCAAUCCUGAAUUGGAUUCGUUUGAGGCUAUCAUGAAUGCGUUAGACGAAGCUUUGGCGCAGUCACGAAAGCCUUCUAAGAAAUCUGAAGAGAAAGUCGGUAAUGAUAAAGGCAAAGGAAAGGAUCAGGCCAGCGAAUCUUCAGCUAUGAAUCUAGAUGAAGACGACGAUUUUGAUAUCGACGCUGCCAUGGAAGCUGAAUUGAAAGAGGCGUUGGAAGUGAACGAAGACUCGGACACUGAGCAGCCUGCAGACUAUAAAAUGAUUAAGAAUCUCCUCGAAAGCUUCAAAAGCCAGGAAGGUUUAUCUGGACCUUUCAGUAAUCUCGCUGGAAGACUAAAGCCAGACUUCAAACUUCCACGAGACGAGUCUUAA